CUACAAAUACGGCGCGGCAGCGGCACCGGGCAGCAUUCGACAGCAGCAUCGGUGGCGGCAAGCUCGGAGUCGACAUACGGACACAGAACAGAGGCUGCCAUGAAGGGACUGGCAGUGGCAGUGGCCCUCCUGGGCCUGGCGCACCUUGGCGGCGCCCAGCGGCGAGGCGAGGGGCCCGCCGAGCAGCUGGACCCCUGUAAGGAGGAGAGCGGCAUCGCGGCGCACAAAGACUACUGUGACCGCUACCUGGAGUGCAGCGCCGGCCAGGUGUACGAGGUCGACUGUCCCAACGGCCUGGUGUUCGCGGAGCGCGGCGCCGCACUCCUUGAUAACUGUGGAUACCCCAACCAGAACCCGUACGCUUGCCUCAACAAACAGCUCGCAAACCCGCCGAUCUCGACGGAGCACUGUGACUGGCUGUACGGCAUCUUCGGCCACGAGACGUCGUGCACGCGCUACUGGACCUGCUGGAACGGCACCUCCACCGAACAGUUCUGUAUCGGCGGUCUGCUCUAUAACGAGAAGACCCACUCGUGCGACUGGCCCGAGUUCGUCGCCGACUGCCAGAAGCACCCUCUGUGCGCCGAGGACCCGAACGGCAACGUGCCUCUGGGCAAGUCGUGCGAGCGCUACUGGAGCUGCCAGGGCGGCUACCCGCGCCUGAUGCGCUGUCCGGCCACGCUGGUGUUCGACAAGGUGUCUCGCCGCUGCGUGCACCCGCCCACCGAGGACUGCGACGUGCCGCCCACCGAGUCGCCCGAGGAGCUGGGCGAGGAGCCCCCGGCGCGCCAGGGCGGCAGCCCGCAGCGCGGCCGGCUGCCGGCCCGCGGCGCCGCGCCGCCGCCGCCGCAGCAGCUCGACGAGCCGCUCUACUACGACGAGGAGGAGUUCGACCCGGGCUUCUCGUCGAGCCCUGCUGAGCCGGCGCCGCAGCCGAGCCGGCCUGCUACCCUGUCCCGGCAGCCGUUCAGGCCCAACGCCGGCCGGCCGCCGCUCCGGGGCCCGGCCAUCCCUGCCGGGGCCACGCCCGUCAACUAAGGCAGCAGCAAUAGAGAUCCCUCCGUCUCUCGUCUCCGCGGCUGUCCUUCGCCGCGGCGUCCCUUCUGGCUGUCUCUUCCUUGCAGCUUCAGAAGCUGACUUAUUUAUCGACUGGUGCCGCCCGCAAGACAGUAAACGAACAGCUCAUAUGUUACCCGAAUCAUACCUUCGGAGAUCAGUCAUAGCCUUUAAUUAUCAAUUUUCUUUCCAUCCCGUUCCCGCACCAAGCGGUUCCAUAACUGCUGUGGCAAGCGGUCGAGCGGACUUGCCUGAUUUGGAGUGUUAGCUCCGUUUUAUUGUUGAUUGGUGUUUGUAUUAUUGUUUUGCGAUGUAUGGUAUUUGAGGUCACAAAUAAAUGUGUGGAAACGUA